AUGACGCCCCUUUUCCGCGCAGUCGCUGCAUUGCUGGCCCUGCUUAAUUUUGCCACUCCAGAGGAAAUUUUACCCUCCAAGGAGACAGACAGCCCUAUUUUUUACUAUGGAUUCAUAAAUAAUGAGGGGUAUCAACAUUACCUGCCUUCAAGGUAUUCCAACGUGUUGAGUGAUAGAGAUUUAAUAAGAAUGUCCUGCAAUAAAGGCUACACCGUGGCAGUUAGAAAGGCGUCCAUAAUAGACCUGAACGAGGAAGAAAAUGACUACACAAACAUGGCAAAGGAAAUAUGCUCCAAGAAGGAACAAUGCCAGAUCGACGUGCGGAAAUUCAAAAGGAACACUAAGAACCCCCACCUGGACUUUUCUUCAGAACUGGCCAUAGAAUACAUCUGCAUGAGUUCUUAUAAAAACCUCUACGAUGGAAACGCCUUCCACCAAGGAGUUACACACAAAUACCUAGUAGUGCGGGACCAGUCUCUGGCGUGCGCUCAGAACAGUAGUGAAGUGACAAAGUUUAUUUCAAUUUCGAAGGCCUUAGAGGCGUGCACCUUGAACAAUUGUAAAUACGUCAUAUGGAAUGAUGAGGACAAAAGGGCCAUCAUCUGCAAUGUGGACAAUUUGGACGUAAUGAGCAUCCAUUUCGUAGAAAAGAAGAACAAUGUAACGUAUAUGAACCCCGCCAAUUUUUACACCCCGGGAUAUGCGACCUUUUUAAAUUAUAUGUCUAUCUGCGACCAUGUUUUGAAAAGCGCGCCCUAUAAUUUGAGCACCCCCAAAUCUGUGGACGUUUGCUCCCACUUGGACUGCGACUACUUCACAAGAAGUAAGUCCCCAGAAGGUCACCAUCACUGCGAUUUAUAG